CUAAGCAGAAUUACUGUCAUAAAAAAUGCAACCAGUAAAAUUUCCAGUCUUUAACUUGCUACGGGGAAAAGCAGAUUUGUAGUUCCUGCAUUGAAAUUUUGAUUAAUUUUGAUUUUAAAGAAAAUUCUGAAGUGAAAUGUCGUUCCGUCUUUUCAUCGCAAUCUUCAUAUGCAGCGUUGUUGGAUCAUCAGCUGCUCCUCUGCCAAAUCCAUUCAAUAUGUUUGAUUACCUUCCUACAUUUGAUCAAGUGACAAACUUUAUUGGAAAUGUUGGAAACGAAAUUUAUAAAGAUAUCGUUGAAUUAAGAGAUGAAUUUACUACUCCAGCUGAGACAUCUACAACACCAGGCGAUAAAUCUACUACUCCCGGGGAACAAUCUACUACUCCAGAAAAAUCUACUACUCCUGGAGAACAAUCUACUACACCAGAACCCACUACUCCUGAAAAUACCACUCCUAAAGAACCAACUACAACUCCAGAAGCAUCUACAACUCCAGCAAAGCCUACCACACAAGGAGCAUAAAUAUAAUGUGCAAGUUUCUCAACACUUGCACAGCUUAAGGACUGAAAGAAGGAAAGUAGACAAGCCUGACGUAAAUCACAAUUGCACCUAAUUUAUAGUUUUCUAUUUCUGAAAUACACAAAAAACAACAACAACAAAAAUUUCAAAUUGUCUAAGUGUUAAGGAAAUCCAGUCGUAAAUUCACAUUACUUCCGAUUUAUGUAUUUGUUUUACAUUGUACAUUAUUUGCCAUGUAUUAAUGUUAAAAUCAUUGCUUUACUUCUUAAUAAAAUGUUUUAAACUGAGGCA